GCCAGGUAUCACCUACAGCCAUUCCACAACUGUAUCAGCAAAUUAAACAUAUACAGAAGACGGAAUCGUCGUUCUUCAGUGCAUCAUCCAUUUUUUUAACACAAGCAAAAAGGCUAUCAUGGUUACCAUAACGCUUUCUCGUCCUUUCAAAAUCCUCUCUGCUGUGUCCAUCUUCAUUUGUGUCAUCUUUCUGUUACACCAUUCCAGAGAAAGCGGUGACAAUAACACCACAUUCCAACAUGUCACGUCCAAUGAUGUGCGUUUGCAAAAUCAACAUAAGAUUAACAGGGUUAUUGCACACUUGCGGACUAAAUACGUAGCCAACCGUACACCCUACGAAGAUGCACCACCCCUUAUGAUUCUUUAUUCUUGCAAUAAGCUGCCAUGUGGUACUUGGGUGCAACGGUUGAAGGAUAUCACAUCAGCCUUCUUCUUAGGUGUCUCGCUGGACGGGACAGCAUACGCAGUGGAUAUGACAGCACCCAUACGCAUGGAUUGGUUUUUUGAGAUUGAUCCGGCUGGAUCUGCCAUGACUACGGACCAAGCUCAUCACUAUCUUCAACUUCAUGGUGUAUCUAAGACAAGCGUUGCUGUGGACGGAUCUCUCGACAAUGCUUCCCUUGCCAGUAAAGAUCUUAAGGCAGUAUACCAAAAAGAGGGAGCACGAAUUGUUCAAGCUCAAAAGUUAGGAGACUGGCAUCAGAUAAGCAAAAACCCUGUUCUCUUCAAGACACUUAAGGGCUAUGAUCUCCAAACCUUGACGGAGCAGGAGUGGUUUGUGGUAGCCAGACGUUUCUUAUUCGCAAAGCCUUCUGAAUGGUUCAGACAAGUUCUUGAACCUUAUCGGAGCAUAAUGGGUGGGCGCGUUGGACCACCAAGGUCAUUGUCACUGAAUGACCCAGAUACACGACUAACCCAGGAGGAGCGUACCCUGUAUCGUAUCGGAGUUCACAUCACAGAUCCAUCGCAAGCACAUUGUUUGGCCAAAUACGCUGACCAGGUUUGUAAGAAGCAAGCUGGGGAAAGGAAAUGUUACUUGUUUGUUUCAGCCGGUAAUGCUGAUGCGAUGCAAGCCAUGCGUCAAGCCGUAGGUGAUAAAGUCACGAUACGCACUGUCGAUUCUACAUAUGAAUACCAAGACUUGGACAAACCGUUUAGUGGAAGUGAGGAUGAUGCCAAAGUAUUCUAUGCCAGAGUGAUCAUGGAUUGGACUAUUCUUACAACUAUGGAUUAUUUGAUCGGCGCGGAUGACUUCAUCGAGACGGCAGCAUGGGUAGCUCAAGUGCCACUAGAUCGAGAUGCUGAAGAGGAAUGCCAAGCUGCAACUGACUGAUGAGCGGGUAGCGAAGAAAUUCCCCUUUCCUUCCACUGUUUCUAUAAAUCGAGUAUUGCCAAGACACAAAAAGGUCUUUGGAUCAUUUCCAAGACAGCCACCAUCUUACCUGAAUUAGAAGCUGCUCAACC